AUGACUAUCAACGACGAGGUGCUCCGCAACUUUACCGCCAAAGGAAAACGACAAAAAUUGCCUUCCAACAAGGAAUUGGCAAAAGUCACUGGCGCUAAGAAUAAGGAAGAAGACGAUGAGGAUAUGGAGAUCCCGGAGGACGGUGAUGAGGAGAAGGGACCAUCGGAACCACAAGAAUCUCAGCGGCAACUUGUGAUUGACGAUGAUGGCUGGACGACGAUUAGCAAGCGGCAAUAG